GAGGCCGCGAUGGAGCGCAGCCCGGGCGGGCGCCGGCGCUGGAGCCCGAACACCGGGUGGAGCGGGAGCCGAAGCAGGAGCCGCAGCCUCAGCCCGCGCCAGGCCGGGGCAGGGGCCCGCAGGGCCGGGCUGCUCGCAGCGGCGGCGCCCGAGCCCCCCAGCGGCUGAGCCGUGACCUCCAGCCCCGCACGCGGUUACCGGGACCCAGCGCGCGGCGACCGCUCCAACCCGGGCCCCCUAAGAGCUGCUUGCUGCAACCGCACACCUCAAGACACAGAGCGACCCAGCUUCGGGGCGGUAGCCCUCCCUGCUGCUCCAGCACACAGGGUCCCCCAAACCUAGGACAGCGAGAUCAGAUCCUCUUGCUAACGAGAAGCCGCGGGCACCCCAAAGCCCCGGGACCUGGGCGACCGAGCCCCUAGCGACGCCCUCCGCGUCCCGGCUUAUGGUGGUGGUGGUGGUGCCCUGAGCCCCUCUCGGGCCGGGCUGAAGAAGACCGACACGGCGCCCAGACCCCCUGCCGCGGCGUCCCCGCGGCCCCAGCCCAGGGAGAAGAUGAACAUGGGCUGCCCAGAGCCUGAUCCGCUCCGCUCCCUGCCUUGCUGCGGGCCGGGGGCCGCCCCUGUACCAGGUGCCGGAGUGCCCCUCCUCACAGAAGACAUGCAAGCACUGACGCUACGCACACUGACUGCCAGUGACGUUACCAAGCACUACGAGCUCGUCCGGGAGCUGGGCAAAGGGACCUAUGGGAAGGUUGACCUGGUGGCUUACAAGGGCACAGGCACCAAAAUGGCCCUGAAAUUUGUGAAUAAGAGCAAGACAAAGCUGAAGAACUUCCUGCGUGAAGUGAGCAUCACCAACAGCCUGUCAUCCAGCCCCUUCAUCAUCAAGGUCUUUGACGUGGUCUUCGAGACUGAGGAAUGCUAUGUCUUUGCCCAGGAGUACGCGCCUGCUGGGGACCUGUUUGACAUCAUCCCUCCCCAGGUGGGGCUCCCCGAGGACACGGUGAAGCGCUGUGUGCAGCAGCUGGGGCUGGCGCUGGACUUCAUGCACAGCAGACAGCUAGUGCACCGCGACAUCAAACCCGAGAACGUGCUGCUGUUUGACCGUGAGUGCCGCCGUGUGAAGCUGGCGGACUUCGGCAUGACGCGGCGCGUGGGCUGCCGUGUGAAGCGUGUGAGCGGCACUAUACCCUACACAGCGCCCGAGGUGUGCCAGGCGGGCCGUGCCGAUGGCUUCGCAGUGGACACAGGCGUAGAUGUGUGGGCGUUCGGAGUGCUUAUCUUCUGCGUGCUCACCGGCAACUUCCCGUGGGAGGCUGCGUCGGGCGCCGAUGCCUUCUUCGAGGAGUUCGUGCGCUGGCAGCGGGGCCGCCUGCCGGGGCUGCCUUCGCAGUGGCGCCGCUUCACCGAGCCCGCACUGCGCAUGUUCCAGCGGCUGCUGGCUCUGGAGCCCGAGCGUCGCGGGCCCGCCAAGGAGGUAUUCCGCUUCCUCAAACACGAGCUCACAUCUGAGCUUCGGAGGCGGCCUUCGCACCGUGCACGCAAACCUCCUGGGGACCGCCUGCCUGGGCCCCUGCGCCUCGAGGCUCCUGCACCGCUCAAGCGCACAGUGCUCACCGAGAGUGGCAGCGGUUCACGGUCCUCGCCGCCCAGCGUGGUGCCCGUUCCGGUGCCCGUGCCCGUGCCCGUGCCCGAGGCUGGUCUGGCUCCGUCCGCUCCCCCAGGCAGGACCGACGGCCGUGCGGACAAGAGCAAAGGGCAGGUGGUGCUGGCCACGGCCAUCGAGAUCUGCGUCUGAGCUGCUAGGAGCAGCGCAGCCGCUGCGGGGGAAGCAGCGUAUGCUCCAACCCGUACUGGGGACAGGGAGCAGCCACAGCGCGGUGGGAGGGAGUAGUGUAGACUAGGAGGCCCAGACACCCGGGUCGGUGGUGGGCUGGUGACAUAGCUAGCGGAUGACCAUGUGUGUGGCCGGCCUCAGCCCAGAGGAGCCGAGGCCCCUGACAAAGGCUGGGAGCUUGUGGGCCAGACUGAGCUCUGGAACCUGGACACUCCUGGCGCUUCACACCCCUUGGCAGAUCACCCUACAAUCUUCCAUCCAAACCUGGGCACAGAAAGGGGCCUUUGGUGUUGGGCAGAGAUGAGCACGAGACCCUUAGAAACUGGCUGGGAACAGGCACUGGGUUAACAACAGUGGUGCCCAGGCGGUCAGAGGGAGAGGCCAAGCCCCCUAAAUGUAGCAAAAGUUGUGUGCAGGAACGGACCCGAAUACUAGAGAUGCCCCCUCACCUCUUCCUGCUGAUGGGUACUUACAUCCCAGGAGGGAGAGCCAUUACUGCAGCCACAAGGCCAUUGGGAACAGAGUUCCAGUAGGUACCCCUCCCGAGAGUAUAGGGGAACAGAUGGCAGGAGAACGGAGGCUUGGCACUCCUGUGUCUCUAGGGUAAGGGGUGCGUUCACAGCCCAGCUGCUCCUUCCCUGGGCACUCAGCAAGCAGGGAAACAGUUGCGCCAGUUAUUCCUGGGGUUUGUCAAUCACGUGUGCGAGCCUCACGGUUCUAGGGCAGUACCCUUGCAGGGGAGGAGCGCAUCCGUGGAUGGGACAGGAAGUCGUUGAAGUCAGAGUGAGUGUGAUGUGUGUCUGGUGACUCUGAGGGUCUGGACACCUCACCAGGCAGCUGCCAAGAGCCAGGCCUGUGUUUUACCACACUCCUCAGGGAAUCCCAGGAGACACCUGCUGUUGGCUCAGGUUCUUCAGCAGCAAAACAGGAUCUCACCUUGCCCCUGCUCUCCUUUGGGACUCCUCAAUGUGGAGGCUUAAGGAACCCCUGCAAUAACCUCAGCCCAGGGAGGCUGUACCUUCUGCCUGGCACCACCCAACUGACCAGCCUGGGUUGCCUCUCCUAGGGUCCCUCCAAAAGUUCUGGGUCAUUCUAGGAGGUUCCAUAGUGGGGCUGGCUGGCUAGCUGCAAGGGGCACCAACCACCCCUCAGCCUGAAGCCCCCACCUCUCUACACAACCCCUUGCUCCCACCACAAAGGGCUAUAGGUCUCCCUGCCCUGCCUGAGUCCAGUUUACAAACUGUGGUUGCUCCAGGGCCUGGUCCCACUUUUCCUGGGGUGCCACCACUUCCCUAGUGGACACAGGGCCCACAUGCCAGGUAAGUAGCAAACCCCUCCUCCUGCCAAGAGCCGAAUCUCAGAAGGCCCCCAUCACUGCCCUGGCCCACUUGGGGCCACUAGGCCCUCCUUCCCAGCCGCUACUUCUCCUCUUGCCUUAGGCCUCUCCAUCCUGAUCUGCAAUAACAAGGAAGCGAGAUUCCACAGUAGACAUCCCGUGUCCCAUGUGCGCCCUCUCUCUGUUGAGAUCCUGUGUGGGAGGCCUCUCCCUUGUAGUAUCUCCCUUGUAGUAUCUGGUAGUCCUCAGAAGAGACUUUAGGUACGUAGCCCAGCCCCAUCCUUCAGAGGCAGCAACCAGCCUGACCCUGAACCGGACUCAGGCUGGGUCAGGCUCCACUCCUGCUGCCACCACUGGUACUGUCUCUGUCUGUUGGGUUGGGACCCUUUGCCCCUUAGGAGAGGUGUUGGUUACAGAUGUUUACCUCAGUUUGUCACUGUUGAAGAAACAAAAUAAUAAUAAUAAUAGCAAAAAAUUAACAUUGUAGACAUGGAGACUUAGAAGACAAAACCCACAGGAGAAACCUCCCCCUUUGCAGUUUUUCUGUGAAGGUAUAGUUUGUUCAUGUACGCACACGUAUGUGUGUGUCUCUGUCUCACCCCAGGGCAGGCCAGAUCACCUAUUGACACCUGUCCCAGCCUGUGUGUCCCUCACACUGCCCCUGUCCUUUGGUGCUUCCCAGGGGCCCCUUGAACUGGCUUGUGGGGUGUAGGGGAGCUUCCUGGAUAGGAAGUGGGGCCUUCAGUUAGCUAGAGGUCUCCCACCAGAUCCUGUGAGUAGAGGGCCCCAGGCUGUGUGAUGCUCCCUGAGCCCACAGCACAGUGCUGGUGGUUGGCAUCUGUCCAAGUCUGGGGCAGGGCCUGGGUUGAACCCAAGCCCUUGAGCCUCGCGCUCCUGUCUUGCCUCCCCUACCCCAUGUCUUUGUAAAUACUCUGGCAUCCUUUGGCCCUGAGGAGGUUUUUAAAUGUGUUAUUUACUUCUCUAACUAUGACAAUUGCUAUAAAAUAAAAAUUUAGAAAAAUGAUUGUUUCAGCUGCAGGUUGGGAGGGGUACGCAGGUCUUCCUGCCGCGGCUUACUGGCAGGCUCCGAGGUAGCGUCUGCAGUGGCCAGACCAUGAAGGGGGAGCAUGCACAUGGACUUUCUGGGGGAGGGGCAGAGAAUGGUCCUGGCUUGGACUUCAGCUUCAGCUUAGACUCCUUCAGCCUGGGCCAAAAUGAAAGUUUAUGGUCACCACUCUUGACAGUAUUUAGCGUGCACUUUCGGUACAAAAGUGAGUUGUACAAACAGCACAGCACUCAGCAGUGACUGUCUAAUGAUGGAAGCUUGUCGCUUCCAGAAGGCCAGGUUUGGAGAUGGCAGGGAAAGCUCUGGAAAGACAAGCCAGAAAAGUCUAAGUUAACUGGGCAAGGGCACAGUGGGGCACUAGUGGUCUCGGAGCCAAGUAAACGUUGUGAUGAUUCAGAGGGGGGCUGUAGGGAAGUACGCGGGUAACAUUUAUCAAUUACCUACUAAGUCAGCAGAGCAUUGAGUCUGCCCCUCCACGCCCAAUCCUAUCAAGAAUUGAGCACCUAACAUACCCUCCACACCCACCUUUCCAUGCAGCACCCCUUCCCUUUCAACAGCUCUGCUAGUCUCCCAGCAACUCUGGGGUACCCUCGGGUUCUCGCACCUGGAACCCUCUUUCCUACUAAAAGAUCCAUUGCUUUGUUAAGUCCUAAGUAGCACCCCGGGUCAAAGCUGAGGUCCCUGGAGUGGGCUUCCAGCCUCCUCCCCCUAACUCUACUGGUACUGCUUGCUCUUCCAGGGACACCCAGCAUGCUCACACACUAGGACUUUUAACUUCCCUCUGAUCUCCCAGACCUCCCCAGGCCCUUCCUGCCUUCCCUUCUUCAGACCCUUGCUGGGACCCGAAGAAAAGUCUCCAUCAAGCAGAAGGACAGUGCUUCCUUGCAACCAGCACACUGCUUCUCAUCCCUGUCUCCUGGCUGGACUGUAAAUUCCAUAGAGUGGAGACAGGAGAGGGCAAGCUGCUACUUCUCACACUGUCUCUUCCGUGUCCUACAGGGCACAUUAAGAAAACCACGUCACAGUUUGUCAAAUUCAUGAACGAACAUCCAAGACUAUUUUAGGGGUUGAGGACCGACAAAUAUGCAAGACAACAAUACCUAGCUCAUCCUUUGAAGUUCAAUUUCUAAAACAAAAUAUUUGACAGGUUACGUAAUUGUUUAUGAACUGGGAGAGGGGAGAGGAAAAAAAAACCCACUCCGAGCAGAUCAGAGGUGAGGACUCUUACCCGACAUUAAAUAAAACAGUUAUUUCAGAGUGCCUGUCCCUUCUCUGAAAUGGAGGGCGGAGGAAAGUCUGCAAAUGCAAACAGCAGGCUGACACAGCUUGGUUUACCACCUCCCGGGUCGUCGGAGGAGAAUGUCAAUAUUUACCACCAGGGGGCGUGAACCUCCUGCUGUGAAAUCUGACACUUGCAGCCUCUGGAGAUAAAAACCAUUGUCUGCCAUGGGUGCCAAUGUUUAGUCAUAAAGAAUCCAGCAU